ACGAAUCGUUCAUUUCGCGGUUCAGGUCAAAAUAUGUGAUACGUUUAUGUACCACUCGCACAGUUGUGGUACACUUUGUGGUACGUUCGAUGUUCGCGAGAACAGCGGGCAGCUGCUACACUUGCCGUGUACUGCCAAUGGACUGCCUCAUCGCCUGCUAGCGCAAGCCUGCUUAUCAUCACGUUAAAAUAGAAAGGAAGUACAACCUCGACAAUUGCCAGGUUUACGACGGAGCGUGGUGCGAUCCGUGAUUUUCGUAUACUGGAGAGUCAAUCAGCAUUGAGUCGGUUCGGCUGCUGCAGCAAGUGGACACUGUUAACAUGAGUUACGGCGGAGGCCAAGACCAAAAGCCCAUUCACCGUGCUUACAAAAAUCAUGGUGUCGACAACCGUGAACUGCGUCGACGACGAAAUGAAGAGGGCGUUCGGCUUAGAAAAGCCCAGAGAGAGCAGGCCAUGCUCAAAAGAAGAAAUCUUCAAGAAGAGGUUGAAGUUGAAGAGGCUGAGUCCAUGUGUGGUGACCAGACAACCGCUACUGAGGAAAGAGUUACCCCAGAGAUGGCGCAGGGACUUUUUGCCCCUGAUCGAGCCCUGCAGCUUCAAUGCACUCAGCGAUUUCGCAAACUCCUUAGCAGAGAGCCUAAUCCGCCCAUUGAUGAUGUGAUCGCUUGCGGAGUUGUGCCGCGGCUCGUUGAGUUUCUUAAAUGCUCAGAUCAGCCCCAAUUGCAAUUUGAGGCCGCUUGGGCUCUGACAAAUAUAGCAUCGGGCAACGCGUCACAAACAAAAGCCGUCUUGCAAGCUGGCGCAGUACCCAUUUUCAUCAAACUGCUGGACUCUGAUAGUGAUGAAGUGCAAGAACAGGCUAUAUGGGCGCUUGGUAAUAUAGCUGGUGACGGACCCAAAUGCCGAGACUAUGUCAUAGAGCAAGGCAUGCUUGCCCCUCUAAUUCGAUUUAUCGAAAACAGCCAGAAAAUCACCAUGACCCGUAAUGCUGUGUGGGCGUUGAGCAAUCUUUGUCGAGGUAAAAGUCCUCCGCCAGCAUUUGAGAGUGUCCGUGCAGCUUUACCUUUACUUGGUAAUUUAUUAUAUUCCAAGGAUGCUGAUCUGUUGGCGGACACGUGUUGGGCGCUUAGCUACCUUUCCGAUGGUCCCAAUGAGAAGAUCCAAGCGGUUAUAGAAACUGGUGUCUGCAAACGACUUGUCGAACUUCUUGCCCACGUAAACCAGAGUGUGGCAUCGGCGGCCUUGCGCGCGGUGGGAAACAUCGUAACUGGUGAUGACAACCAGACGCAGGUUAUCCUGAGCCACAACGCCCUGGUCUACCUGGCGCACCUUCUAGGCUCGCCCAAGGAGACUAUCCGCAAGGAAGCUUGCUGGACGCUGUCCAAUAUAACUGCUGGAAAUCGAGAUCAGAUCCAGGCAGUGAUUAACGCAAAUAUUAUACCUGCUCUUAUUGAUAUUCUAAGAACGGGCGAACUGAAAGCUCGUAAAGAGGCAGCGUGGGCUGUAACCAACGCUACGUCUGGUGGAAGCCCUGAGCAAAUUCGUUACAUGGUAUCGCAGAACUGUAUCCCGCCGAUGUGCGACCUUCUGGCUAUGUCCGACCCUAAAAUUGUACAGGUGGCUUUGCUCGGUCUGGAAAACAUCCUAAAACUUGGUGAAAACGAAAGCAUAACGUCAGGCACCAAUCAGUAUGUGCUGGCUAUAGAGGAGUGCUAUGGCUUGGAUAAGAUUGAAUUCCUGCAGACGCAUGACAAUAUAGACAUCUACCAGAAGGCAUUUGAGAUGAUCGAACGUUUCUUCUCUGCCGACGACGAUGAAGAAGACGUCGGAUUAGUUCCGGAGAUCGACCCCAACCAGGCCGACCAAUUUCAGUUUGGAACACCCGAGCAAACGCCUGGCAGGCACGGUAACUUCAAGUUCUGACCGGACAUGACCUGCCUCGUGUAGCUCGUUGGCGCUAUUGUCGCUAACGUAAUAUAGCGCCGUCCCGUUGGUACACGCAGAAAGCUUGCAAAGUCGACUUCGACUAUAUCUCUAUACGCAUAUAUUUUCGGUAGCGGUCGAAUUAAGCAGGACUAAUUAAGCAAGGCCGCCGCCAUGCCAUACAUAUGAGGCGAACACGAUGAAAAAAGACGUUCUUGUCGGUUCAAGCAAUGUCGACGAAAUAGAAUUACAUAAUAUCGCGAAUUAUUCUAUCUCUACUAUAAUGAUAAUAGGCAUAUGUUGUAGUUCCCGUCCCGCUGUUUGUAGAAGAGCAUUCGCGGUUCAUCGUCUUAGAAUUAAGAGCAAAGAAAUAUGGGCGCGGCGUUUCAAUAGAACUGCUGAACUAUUAAGGAAAGGAUCACCGGAAAACUGGAAAACUGAUAAGCAAAGAGAGAGAAGACAAAGAGCAAGAAAAAAGACCAUGCCUCCUCCUCAAAAACAGCAACAACAGCUACAAUGACAACGACAACAACAAGUAGAAAUUGUUUUACAGAGCAUACAACAUGUGUAAGAUAGUAAAAGUGGGAAUACUCAUCGGUACUUCAACGACAACGCUACAUGGACAACAGUUACGCCGACAACAACAACAGUAACAGGACAACUACGAUGACGACAACAACAAUGAUAACAUUGAUAAAAACUACAAUGGCAACAAAAGAACAUAAGUUAAAACUAUAACAACAAUAACAACAACAACAGCAACAACAACAAAGUACAGAGCAACAACAAAAACAACAAACAAUUAAUAACAACAUCUACAGUGACAGUAGGAUUAUACAAUAAUAGAAACAAAGGAACAAUCGCAAAGACAGAAGCGUAUGAGAGAAAAGGAAACCAGUGACCAUAAGGCGCGAUAUAUGUAUAGGAAAUGACUUCAAUGCGGUGGAACAACAGCACAAUAGAAGUAAACGCAAGAUGCGAUGAGAGCGCCCACAUAAUCCCCGUCAGAUGUUCGUUGACUGUACGGUCAACAGUAACAGUAAGUGUAAUAUCUCGUUUGAUCGUGACGAGGGAUAUCGGAUGGUUAGCAUCGUAACCCCCCUCUAUCAUAAUAGUAAUAACAAUAACAGCUGUUCCGUGGAAUCUUGUCGACUCUAAGACAAAAGGAUACGGAAUGAACGAGAAAUAUAAGUGAGAGUUUACAUGUGUGACAAUAAUAGUAAUGACGGUUAUUAUAUUAGCAAAGUGAUCAUGGCGAUGUUAUCGUGAGGUGCGAUGGUUAGCUUUACAGGCAGCCAUCGUAAUAUGAAGGAAUUUUUCGAAAAGGGUGCGCAUGUGGAGAUAGGUAGCAAACCUGUAUACAUGUGUGAAAAUAGAAGAGGGAAAACAAGUGGGCGGAAGUGCGGAUGUGCAAAAAAUGAAGUAGGAACGUACGAAAAACAAAAAUAGAGCAGAAUACGACACGUUUAGAAUAAACAAAUGGUGACACUAAAUGGCAUCAGAAAGUCUAUUCAAACGAACAUGACGUGGAAAGGAAAGGAAAUAAUACAUUGAAAGGAUGAUAAUACCAUGUAAGAAGAAAUACAAGUUAAAGUUUACUACUAGUAAUAAUAAUAAUAAUAAUCAUCAUCAUACUAAUCCUACAAGUACUACAUUUACAACAUACAUUCUUACACGAUCGGGACACACAAUGUUACACUUUACAUAACAUUUUGGUCCACAUCACUGGUUGACCGUCGAUGACACGAGACACAUCUAUUGUAUGAUUAUAUACAUAUAUAAAUAAUAUAUACACUCCUGAUAGCAAAAUGUCCCUGUUAACCUGGUUUUGCUCAGGCUCAAGUUUUGGCCUGGGAAUAAGGUUUGCCCCUGCUAGCUGCCUCGUUAGUGCCACAACAAAUGGCAAAUGAUGAAUGCAAAAAGGCUUGUUUUUCUCUUGCAGUAGCGAAAAUCAGCGACCAUAAUCUGGGACGUUGAGUGAAAGAAAGACACCUAGUGGGGCGAAGUAGGAGACAAACAUGAAUAAUUUACGAGGGAUUGUAAACAGUUUAUCUCUGUAUGUAAACAGACAAGCACAUUUUCAUAUACAAAAUCAAGCAGCAAGAUACUGUGGCUAGUACAGCUAACAGUUAAGCUUAGUUCUACUAGAGUAAAAAUAACGACUGCUGCUACCAUGAAACGUUGGUACGUUUUACGUUACGUACGGUUUACAUUACAGCAUCACAAAUCAUAACAUAGCAAUGGCAGU